AUGAUGAAUGCUUACUUCCUGAUGGCAUAAUAAAUGAGAACAUUGUUAAGAAUUUUAAAGAAGAAUAUUUGUUUUUUUAAUGUAUAGAUUUCAUUAAUAAUGUAUGGAAUCAUUAAAUAUGAAGGUUAAAAAAGGGACAUUUCAUGAGCAUAGUCCUAUUUUACAUAGUCUUACUAAUUUGAUUGGUUGGGGAAAGGUCUGUUCUGGAUUAGUAAAAAUGUUUUAAGGAGAAGUGUUGUUUAAAUAUCCAGUUAUAUAACAUACCUAUUUUGGAACAAUUGUUGAAUUUCAAUGA